UCAAAUCCAACACCAAAGUCCGUGUAUACAUAUACAACUGUCCGUCGCCUCUUGCUCAUUCUCAACGCUGACUCCGAGCCAGAUACUCGCACUCCGACAAGCACCCACAGUGUCAAGAGUAGGAGAGGGUCGCAAACGGUGAAGGUAUCAAAGUUGUCACCCGCAGUCUCACUUCUCCCUCCGACCUCACACCAACCAACCAGUCAUCAGUUCCUACUAAGUUUUAGUACCCUAACCCUUCUGCAGCAAUACAUACGCACACCAGUCUCACUCCACCUCACGCCACUCACGACCACAUUCGUCUCAUAAGAAUACCUCACAAAAAUCAUAGUCAGAUAUUUUGUACAUUUCCUCCUUCUUCUUCUCCUUCGUCUCAGCUCAGCAGUGACUUUUUAGUAUUACCGUGUCCACGGAGGCGUCAGUGCGGCGAGAAUAGUAAUAAUGCGAGAAAAGACGAAAUAUUAUUAAAGCAUUUCUACCUUGAGGGAUCACUGUUACGAAAUAAGAUUCGAUGGGAUGGGAGGCAGCAAGAAGUGACUCGUGGUUUGGGUGAUAUGCAGAUGAGGCUUAUCUUCAGAUUCCUCACUCGGGUGGGAAUGCAGAUCAUUACCAUUUAGACAGAUAAUACAACACCGUUCUCGUCAUUAUGGAGGUGGAAAUGGUGAUACAGUUUGGACACCGUGAGGAGAUCUUGAUACGAGAAGAACUCGAGUGGUGAUUUGCAUAGGACUCAAUAUUUUGGUGACAGUCUGCAUUACAAUUGAUAUACGUGGCGUGCCGGCCGUCUCCGUGCAGAUUGGAAGAUUUAAAUUUCUGGGGAAAAUAUAUAGACUUUUCGAAUAGUUUCUUGUUAUUGGUCGUGACACCUGGAAAGUUGUGUGCAGUGAAAAGUGAGAAGUGUUCAAAAUAGGAGACGACCAUCCUCACAGUGAGUCCACUUUCAGGACUACGCCACCGACGACGACGGGACUGUUCGGGUUUAGAUCGCCGUUCUCAAUGCGUUUCGAACCACCCGUUUCGCUCGUUCCAGAAAUGGCGUUUCCGCCAUUCUUGCUACCCCGGGCGCCGCAUUCAGGACCUGCCGACUUUUCUGUGUCCUCACUCCUCAGCCAAAAUCCGUACCUUCCCGGCCUCGGGGGACCCGGGUAUCCACUAGUUCCUAAACUUGGCCCUUACCCACCGCCCGGCUCUGGGGGUGGGGCGGGUGGUGGUGGGGAUGACCUCCGCCUCCCCAGAAGCCUCCCCCCGGAUGAUGAUGGAGUCGUGGAUGACCCCAAAGUCACCCUCGAGGGCAGAGACUUGUGGGAAAAGUUCCACAAGCUGGGCACAGAAAUGGUCAUCACGAAAUCGGGGCGGCAAAUGUUCCCUCAGAUGAAGUUUCGAGUAUCUGGACUUGACCCGAAGGCCAAAUAUAUUCUCCUUUUGGACAUCGUGGCCGCGGACGAUUACCGAUACAAGUUUCACAACAGUAGAUGGAUGGUUGCUGGGAAAGCGGAUCCCGAAAUGCCCAAGAGGAUGUACAUCCACCCCGACUCGCCCUCCACGGGGGAGCAGUGGAUGCAGAAAGUCGUCUCUUUUCACAAACUCAAACUGACCAACAAUAUCUCGGAUAAGCACGGCUUUUGUCCAACAAUGCAGCUGAUGGCAGCUUUCGGUGCCAUGCAGUCAAACUGGAACACUAACAAUGGAGACAGGGACGGGACGAUCCUCAACUCCAUGCACAAGUACCAACCUCGCUUUCACCUCGUUCGAGCCAACGACAUCCUCAAGCUGCCGUACUCCACGUUCCGCACCUACGUCUUCAAGGAAACCGAGUUCAUCGCCGUGACAGCCUACCAAAAUGAAAAGAUUACUCAAUUGAAGAUAGAUAAUAAUCCAUUUGCCAAAGGUUUUCGCGACACGGGGGCCGGGAAACGUGAGAAAAAUAGACAGGCAAUGUUAGCGGCUCAACGGCACGACGGGUCACGGGAUGCGGGGCCCUCCGCCAGCAAUAAUCUCAGCUCUGGAACGACCGACUCCAUGUGUCACGACCCCGAUGACGAUGAACGCGUCGACGUUGUGGGAAACGAUCACCGGCCCGACUCCGUCUCACCACCCCUCCAUCGACACCAUCACGACUACAGCGGCAGUGACCGUCGUCGAGACGCGGAAGACUCGGACCGAGACAUAAGCGACUCAGGGUCGGAAAGUGGGGGUGGUGGUGGCGGAAGCAACGUGGGCAGUGUGAGCGGCGGUGGCGGUGGCUUCCGUCCCACUUCUCGCGGGAACCAUCUCGACCAUCCUAGUCCAAACAUUUCUCUGGGGCCACCCCUCCAACCCCCCAUGCUGCCCUACCUCUACCCACCCAACUUGUACCCUGGGGGACCUGGGAUGAACCCCCUCGGUCCACCCCCCUCCUUGCCGCUCUCUCUCUUCGGCGCCAACUCGGCCCAUCCCGGCGCCGCGUCACUCCCUUCCUCCCUCCUCUUCAAUCACCUCCUCCAACAGCAACUCUUCCACUCAGGCUACCCUCUCGGCCCCCCCGUCUCGCUGGCCUCUGGCCCCGGUAAUCCAUUCUUCUUACCCCUGCUCUCGGAACGUCUCAAGGCCCACCGCUUCCUCCCGUACCCACUCAUCCCACCGGCCACGGCGUCCUCCUCGUCCACCUCGUCCCUCAGCUCGAACUCGACGGGCGUCCUGGGAGGCGGAGGCGGUGGGGGAGGUUCCCUCUCCGCCUUCGAAACCGUGACUCCCUCCAGCCCCAAACUCUCCCCGAGACCGAGCGUCGACACACCGACGGCGCGGAUUGCAGCGGCCGCCGUGACGACGACAUCCCCACCGCCCCCGCCGCCACCAUCCCAUCACAUGUCGCCCCUCCUUCAACACCCCUCGGAGCUCAAGUCCAUCGAGAAAAUGGUCAACGGGCUGGACAUCAAGCCCGGCACGGACGGGAAACUGCUGACAAGUGAUCAUCAUCAUCAACACCACCACCAUUUGGUGGACAAGUAGUGCGUCGUAUCUCUGUGUGUGACGUGAGUGAGUACAUUCCCGGGCCAAAUUUUGUGUGUGACGAACUUUACGACGACGAGGACAUACUGUUAGAAUAAAUUAUUUGAUUAAAAACAAGUGUCAAUAACGUGUGUGACAAUGUUAUUAAUUAAAAAUACUUACAUAACCCGCUGCGCUUUAUGUAGUUUAUAGUGGAAAAAAUAAUUAAAUAAUUACCCAGAAAUGACAUAAAAUAAUGAAUAAUUAGUUUUAGUGGUUAUAAUUAAGCAGUUGGUUAUAGUAUUUAUCUAAAUAGUGGAGGAGGAGGAGUAGGUGAGAGAACCAGUGCAAAAACACCACCCUGUUUUUUUGGUGAAAAUCUAUAAGAAUUAUUAUUAUGUAAUAAUUACAUAUAUUACGUAUGAUUAAGGGAAAAAACUCUUGAGCUUUAUUUAUUUGGAGGACGAGAAGAAGGUCGCUUAUCGUCACGAUGAUAAUCUCUGUGUGUGUGUGUGUGUAUCUGACUGAGUAUGCAUAAUUAUGAUUAGGCAGCAACCCAUCUAUGCAUAAAAAAUUGUGUAAAACCGCUAUAUGAAAAAUAUUGUUAGUUUUUGGCUGAAUAAUUUCUACCCAAAAAGUCAGACGAGGCACCACCCCUAUGGAAAUCGAGUAGUGGCAGAAAAUUGGCACAUUUUUCUGGAUAUUUUUUGCGAGGUGAAUCACGCAAAAAUUAUCUGGACGCAGAGAAAUGUACCAUUUUUUUUGGCACAUGGAUUUUCCUACGAGGUGUGACGCCGACGUGUGACCUGGGGUAAGAUGCGACCCUUGCAUAAUUAAUGAAGGGUACUCACAAACACAAAUAAUCUCACUUUCCCUCUGAAUAUCUCUCUUUCUCUGUAUAAUCCGUACCAUGUUGCGUACGACUAAGUCAGCUAGAUAGAAAAAAAACUAAAUUCCUCUCAAAAAGCCAAUGCCUACUGCCGGGAGAAAGUGGUGGUGGUGGUGGUGAAAGUGGUGCAAGUGAAGGCGUCGUGAAAUGUGUACCGCAUUGCAUUGCAUUAAGUUACCUAUGACAAGAAAAGAGAAAACUUGCUGCUGCUGCUGCUGCUGCUACGAAAUCCUCUCGACAUGUGUGUGUAACAGUCAAUUUGUAAAGAUUGAAAUGGGCAAUCAACACGAAUAAAUAAAUGUUUCUUAUUUGCUACACGUAAAAAAA